GGGAGACGCGCAUCAUCCAUCCAUCCGUACAUCCAUCCAUCCAUCCGCGCAUCAUCCAUCCAUCCGUCCGUCCGUCCGUCCCCCGCAGCAUCCUCCAGGCCUUGGCCGCGCACCUGACCGGGUCCCCAGACCUCGGGAUGCGUCGGCCGGCUGCAGCGGCUGCGCUCGCCGCGCUCACGGCGCUGGCGCUGGCGGGGUCCGGCCACAUCCCGCCGCCCAACGACAGACCCGUCAUCGGCGUGCUGGCUCAGGAAAACCUUCCCGGGGACCAGUUCGCUCACGGCUCUUCCUACAUAGCCGCCUCCUACGUCAAGUUCGUGGAGAGCGCCGGGGCCCGGGUGGUGCCCAUCCGAAUCAACCGCACAGAGGGAGAAUAUGCAAAGAUAUUCUACUCAAUAAACGGACUGUUGCUGCCGGGGGGAGACGUCGACAUCCAGACGUCGCAGUACAGCCGAGCCGCCAGGAUCUUCUACCACUUGGCUCUGAGGGCCAACGAUGCGGGCGACUACUUCCCCAUCUGGGGAACCUGCCAGGGCUUCCAGCAGCUCUCCGUCCUCACGGCCAACAGGAACCUGCUCACGCUGACCGACACCAAGGCGGUGGCGCUGCCCCUCACCCUCACCGCAGCCGCCCACUCCAGCCGUCUGUUCCGGGGCUUCCCCAAAGAUCUGCUGCAGACUCUGACGGACCAGAACAUCACGUCCAACUUCCACAGCUGGAGUCUUUCUCUUCAGAACUACAGCGGAAACGCCAAGCUGAGGAGGUUUUACAAAGUCCUGUCCACCAACAGCGAUGGGAAGAAAGAAUUCAUCUCCACCAUGGAAGCUUACCGAUACCCUUUUUACGCCGUCCAGUGGCAUCCGGAGAAAAGUCCCUUUGAGUGGAUCGAUAAAGCGGGGAUGGUUCACUCCACGUCUGCUGUCAGAGUCAGUUUCUACGCCGCCAGCUUCCUCGUCUCUGAAGCCAUGAAGAACCAGCACCGCUUCCCGAGCCCGGCCGAGGAGGAGCGAGCUCUGAUCUACAACUCCGCCCCCGUCUACAGGGGCAUCAGCGCCGUCUUCGUGCAGAACUAUUACUUCCCCUGACGAGCCGUCCUGCAGGGAAACGGACGCAGCGUCCCGUUCCAGCGCCGGCUCCGUGUCGUCGCUGCCUUUAGUCGCCUCCAGUCAUUCGUGAAAUUCAGAAAUGCAAAACAAAACCAUGAUAGAAGAAAACAAACUCACCAUGACAGAAAAACCUUAAACCAAAAUAAAAACACAAACAUGUACAACUCUGAAUGUGGAGAAAGUUGAGACACUAUGGAAGAGAUACAAAAGUAUUACUUACAUUUACCUGCAGAAAGUAUGAACCCAAUCUAAACGGUAUUUUGUUGCAUAAAUCCAUUUCUACAAUAUAGAAGUCAGAAUUCCCAGCAUGCACCGCUCUAGAAUGUAAACGUCGCCGCCAUAUUGGAUGUUCAAGACUGCGCUGUAAACUAAUACAAGUAAAUUGA